GGUAGCAUCCUCCUAGAGUACGCGCUGGUAACCUCCGUCAACAUGAACACCCUCUGCAAAGCCAAUCCCGAUCCGAACGCGUGCGAGAACAAGCCGCGCAUCGUGCGAAUGGACCUCGACGAGUCGCUCGAGUCCUACUUCCUCAAAGUAGUCUACGAAGCCUGCAAGUGCUACAACGACCCCCUGGACAUUUGCACGGCCAUAAAACAGUGCCUGGACGCGAAACUAGGCCGAAUGUGGCAUGUUAUCGUUGGCGUAGAGUUCGGAAGGUCAGUUGUCCUCACCACUGCUCUGGUUUAUGCUUUCGUACGACGCCUAGUGUGUAGUUGGUGCCAAACGAUGCCUCAGUACGGUGAGAUUCGGUGCGUGGCGGACUCACGGUGUGAUAGCGGGGAGAAGCCGCGUUUCCUGCGCUACUCCCUUGACCCCAAUGUCGAAACUGACUUCCUCUACUACGUGCGUCGGGCCUACGAGACCUACGAUGACCCCGAAGACAUGUGCACUGCACUCAAAAAACGACUCGACGACGAGUACGGUCCCACGUGGCACGUUGUCGUUGGUGAAUACUUCGGAAGCCACUUCGAGCACGAACCCAAGGGCUUCUGCUACAUCACCUACCGGGGACUGUCUUUCCUCAUGUUCAAAUUCGGCUAA